AUCUUGCUCCAUUAAUGGCUUCAUUUCCUGAGAAAAGUUCAAGCCGCCUUAGCAAUCUGAUGAGUUGUUUCCCAUUUCGAAUCUAGUAAAGGGCUUUGCAAAGUUAUAAAUAGGGGAUUGUAGACCAAUCAAAUGAUCAAAAUCAUAGUAGAAAGCAACAAGAAAUUAAGACAUGGCAACAAGAGUGAAUGGUGCAGAUAGUCUCUACAGCUAUAGCAAAUACUCUUCUUUUCAGAGAAAUGCUAUAGAUGCUGCCAAGGAACUGAUCAAAGAGGCAGUUUUCGACAAGCUUGACAUCGAAAGCUUCUCAUCCUCCAACACCUUUCGAGUUACAGAUUUAGGCUGCGCUAUGGGGCCUAACACAUUCCUAGCUGUGCAAAACAUAAUUGAAGCUGUGGAGGACAAGUACCGAACCCAAGGGCGCAAUUCUGAGGUCCCCGAGUUUCAAGUCUUUUUCAGUGAUCAAGCUGGAAAUGAUUUCAAUCAGCUCUUCCAAUCCCUCCCCCCAGACAGGAAUUACUUCGCAAUGGGCGUACCGGGAUCUUUUUACUCUCGCUUGUUUCCCAAGGCACAUCUUCACUUUGUAUACUCUUCAUUUUCUCUGCAGUGUCUCUCUAAAGUGCCUGAGGAAGUGUUGGACAGGAGCUCCCCUGCUUGGAACAAAGGCAGGGUUCAUUACUCAAAUUCUGCACACCAAGUUGUUGAGGCAUAUUCAGCCCAAUAUGCCAAGGACAUGGAGUGCUUUCUAAAUGCUCGAGCACAAGAGAUCGUUGGAGGAGGGUUGAUGGCAUUUGUUGUUCCCGGCCGCGCCAAUGAAACCCCUCAUGCACAUACCUAUUACAACAUGUCACUAGACCUAUUUGGUUCCUGUCUCAUGGACAUGGCCAAGAAGGGUGUCAUUGCCGAAGACAAAGUGGACUCCUUCAAUCUACCAAUAUAUAAUGCUUCUCUCCAAGAAGUGGAAGCCAUUGUGAAAGGCAAUGGAUGUUUUAGCAUAGAGAGAAUGGAAAACUUGCCUCAAGCAAAGCCACAGCCCAAUGUGUUUCGCGUAACUGUGAGAGCCGGAAUGGAGCAUAUGAUUCGAGCGCAUUUUGGAGAAGAGAUUUUAGAUGAGUUCUUUGACACAUUUUGCAAGAAAUAUGAAGAAUCCACCUCCGUCUUUGAAUCAGUGAAAGCUGUUAGUUUAUUCGUUUUACUCAAACGCAUAGCAUGCACUGACUACUGAGUAAUAAACAGAGGAGAUUUCUCUAGUUUAUCUAGUGAAACUUUGCUAUUGUAAUGUGAUCUUACUGUACUAGUAAGUGGUAUUGGUUGUUUCUAUCCUUUUCAAUAAACUAUUCUGUUGUACAAAUGGUCAAGAAAGUCUGCUUAAUAGUGCUAAUGAUUUAAACAAAAAUCUAUCUUAAUAGUGCUAAUGAUUGAAACAAAAAUCUAUAUGAAGUAGCAGAUCUAGAUAAACUAACAACCAUAUAUAUACAGAAUCCAUGUCCAUUAGCUCCAGCACACACACACAAACACAGAUGUUUAGUGAGUGGAUCCAAAACUUUUAGUAGCUACAAGAGUUGAGAAACUGUGAAGUAAGGGGUGGGAAAUGACGCAGAUGUUCCUGACUUUGGGUUUGAAUCACAAAAUUGGUGUAGGUGCUUUUGGGGAGUAAGAAAAUUGCUGUGGUGGGUUUUUGGGGAGAGCAUGUGCUAAAGAUGAGUUGAGGUGAAUCAUCGAGAGAUAGAAAGAGAGAGAGAGAGAGCUGUAGACUGAGAGUGCCAGAACGAUCUAGAGAUAGAGAGAAAGAUCUGAUCUCUCAUCGUUGCAGGCAGAAAGAGAGAGUGAUUUGAGUUUUGAUUGGGUCCAGUUUGUGACGAGAAGAUUGGGUUGAAAACAAGUGGAACAGAUAGAGGUUCUGGGCGGUUGGUUGGGCUGAUUGGGGAAAACGGUGGAGCUGCAGAUGCCAAAAAUCUACGGGUGAAGUUACUGUGGGUGUGGAAAAGUGCAAACUUGAAGAUUAUAGGAUGACAUUUUAUCUUUCUUGAUUUCGUGUUGCUCGAGUUCUUGGGUUUGCUGUGGUUCCUGUGUUUGCAUGGUUUUUGGGAUUAUUGAAUAUGAUCAUAAUGUCUAUAUUCAAGGCGUGGGAAGCGGUGAAAUUUCAGACUAAAUCUCCUCCAAAAGAUAGUCUGUGACUGUCAGCGUGCUGUUUUGGUCCUCCUUGGCCGAGCCUAGGUCCAGUCCUUUCACUUCUAUGUACCCUACUCUUGAUGUGGGUGAUCGUGUUUUAGCUGAGAAGGUUUCAUAUCUCUUUAGAAAGCCUGAGGUUUCAUAAAUAGUGAUUUUCAAGGCACCUCCAAUCUUGCAGAGUUGUUGGUCUAGCGGUCAGGCCCUUGGUUUGCUCCCAACUGGUCUGGGGUUCGACCCUCUCCCAAGGUACCCACCUAGCAAUUGCUAGAGUUUCCAGUUCCCCAAAUGUUGUGGGGUCAGGCGGGGGACCUAGGGAUUAGUCGGGUCAAAGACUCGGAUACCCUAGUCUCAAAAAAACAAAAAACAUUUUCUCCUUGGGUAUUCUGUGCAAUAUGGAGGAAAUUGGCUUUAGCUCGGGCGAUGUAUUUAUAAAAAGAAUUGUGGCCAGGUGUGGAGAUGAUGUUGAGUGCAAUAGGUACAUGAUGGGAAAUUGUUGGUGAAUGGUGAAAUUGAAAAUGAAAAUUACAUAUUGGAGCCUCUUGCCUAUGAAAUGGCACCAAUUGUAAGUUCCUGUUCUUGCUUCUCUUUUUAUUCAGUUGGUUACAUAUAAUAACAGGUUUUAAGGCUAUGUCUCUGUGAUGGGGGACAACCGCAACAACAGUUGACUCUCAUAACUGUGUUCAGCCCAUAGAAACAUUUAAUGACGCAUUUAGGAAAUUUCUUGCACACUCAAUGAGAGGACCGCCAAAAGCUCCCGAGGAGGAUUCAGCAGAGGAACGCUUACCUGCCCGAAGCUUUGGAACUAUCCUUGCCAAGACAAGAAAAGGACAGCUUUGCAUCUGCGUGUGUUUCAACAUUAUUAUUCAGACACUGCUCACAAGGUUUGUCAAGUAAUUGAAUCAUAUUGAUAAUACACCCGCAGAGUAACCACAUUGAAAAAGAACUCUGAAGAAAAUCGACAUAUGGUUGUCAAGAUUGCUGAGAGAGUAAGACAAGCUCUUCUUUUAGAGAAAUUGCAGUCGAUGAACCAGCAAGCAACAGCAACACCAAAUGAAUGUUCUACUGUAUAUGUCUUCACAAUACCCUUUCAAAUCGAAUAAAUCUAAUUUAAAUUUUUGCAUCACCAUCAAACAAUUUAAAGCAAACCAAAUGCAUGUACAACCCAACAAUACAAAAUCAAUGAUAUUCUCAUGUAUACAAUCAUUUACUUU